CUGGUCUAUGCAUACGUCUUCCCAGACAUAGAAACACACCCAGACGUAAGAGGGAUCCAUUCCUGUCAACAGGAAGACGACAUGGCCUCCAGCAGGCUACCAGGGAAUCCCCAGAUUGGCCCCAUGGACAGGAGUGGUAGCUUCUUCAAGCUGAUUGACACAUUUGCGUCGGAGAUCGGGGAAUUGAAGAAAGAGAUGGUCCAGACUUCUCCAGCAGUGAACAAGGAGCCCAUGGACAUACAAGGGCUGGAAAGUGAGGUGUGUGGCGUUUACCUACAGUCCCCCCACUGUGGUGGGGUGGGGGGUGAAAGGGACUCUGGGUACGACUCCUUGCGGAGGAGGAUGAGCGUGUUGGACAGACUGACUCAAACCCACCCGGUGUGGCUGCUGCUGUCAGUCAGUGAAGAAGAGGCCGGACGCAUUCUUCUCAAACAGCCACCAGGGGUGUUCCUGGUCAGGAAGUCAGUCGCUCUUCAGAGAAAGGUCCUCUCUGUGCGUCUGAAAGAGGAUCAGUCUGAAACUCCUAUCAGCCACUUCCCUGUCAGAGAGAGCCAGUACACCUUUUCUCUUGAUGGUUCUGGGAUCAGCUUUGCAGAUCUGUUUCGCCUGGUGGCUUUCUACUGUAUUAGCAGGGAUGUCCUGCCUUUCACACUCAAACUCCCAGAGGCCAUUGCAUCUGCCAAAACUCAGAAAGACCUGGAGGAGGUGGCUCAGCUUGGAGCAGGCUUCUGGGACUCUGCGCUGUGCAGUCAACGUCGCACCUCCCCCCGUCCCUGUCGCCCUCUGAGCCGUACCCUCAGCCCCCAGCGAACUAACAGGAACAGGGAGGACGAGGGGUCAAAGCAGAGUCACACCGGGGCUCACUGCGACAGUGCGCCUCCUACGCUACGUUCUCACGCUCCUCCACCUUCCUUCUGUCUUGAGAGAAGACAUUCCAGUGGUCCUCUCUGCUUUGUCAACCCCCUGUUUCUCCAGACUCACCACCACCACCACUGUGGGGAAAAUUCACCUUCACAUGCUGUCAAACCCGAUGACAACCCAGAAGAUGCAGAGAAAGCACCAAUGAAGCUGACAGGCAACAGCCAAGAGAGCGACAAGCACACGGACAAGACCAAAGUGAACAGAAAAUCGUGCUCCCCUCCUCCCCGUCCUCCUCCUCCCCGUUCAAUGCCACACCGGCGCCCUGCCCCACCUCCACCUGGUCCUCCAGCUCCUAGCACCAGACCAAAGAGCAUGCCAGAGACCGUUGCUGUGGCUACAAGGAAACAACAGUCCAGUAAGCGUCCAGCACCUGCUCGACCACCAAUGGGUGCUAAGCAAAGCAGCCCAUCCAAGACUGCCAGCUCACCAAUCCCUGUGCCUUCAAACCCACCACCUCCAAGGCCUAAAAAGCCUGAUCUGGAAUCCCACCGCUGCCACAUUGCCCUGGACGAUGAGACUAUCGCCCAAGCCUUGUCUCGUGCCAAGCUCCCACCCUGCCAGCCUCCCCCUUCUGUUCCUGCUGAUGGAUUAUUGGAAAAUAACGCCGGGAGUGUGUCCAUCCCAAAUGAGAGGGGACGCCAGCGGCUCAGUGACAUGAGCAUGUCUACUUCUUCCUCUGACUCACUGGAAUAUUCACAGUCUCCUGGAUUCUCCCUGGGUUUGGCCCCCAGCCCGCCCCGACAUCUUAAUCAUCAAGACACAGUGGAGGACAGCAGUGAGGAUGACGAGGAUGGAGAGGAAGAAGAGGAGGAGGACUAUGGGGUCGGCCUGGAGACGGACUUAGAAAUGCGCCUCCGCACAUCCUUCAAAGCAAGGAGGCGAAAGGUUGGCGUGAGUCUGAGUGGAGGAUCAUUUAUUCUCCCCAGGGCCUUGAAAGGACGCUUCCGUAAGGUGAGCGGUAUGCUCAGCUCCCUCAUGACCCCUGAGAGACGGGCGGUGAAAAGGAUCGCUGAGCUAUCUAGGGACAAAAGCUCAUAUUUUGGCUCCCUGGUCCAGGACUACAUCAGCUUUGUUCAGGAGAACCGGGGCUGUCACACAUCAGGGAUGGAUUUCCUGCAGACUCUCAGGCAGUUUAUGACACAGAUGAAGGCUUACCUGCGCCAGAGCUCUGAGAUGGACCCUCCUAUAGAGUCACUUAUACCUGAAGACCAGAUCGACCAGGUGCUAGAGAAGGCCAUGCACAAGUGUGUUCUGAAGCCUCUGAAGAGCGUGAUCGAGGUGGCUUUACAUGACUUCCAGGUGAACAGUGGAGCUUGGCAGCGGUUGAAGGAGAAUCUGGCAAUGGCUAAGACCAAGGGGCCUCAUGAGCUGGGGGUGGAUGGGGCAGUGCCCCCUGACCCCAUGGCUAUUGAGAAGAUCCGCCACAAGUUCCUAAACAUGAGGAAGAUGUACUCCCCUGAGAAAAAGGUGUCACUGCUGCUGCGUGUAUGCAAACUCAUCUACACCAUCAUGCAAGAUAACUCAGGGAGGAUGUACGGUGCUGAUGAUUUCCUGCCCAUGCUGACCUAUGUAGUGGCUCAGUGUGACAUGCCUCAACUGGACACAGAUAUCCAGUACAUGAUGGAGCUGCUGGACCCAUCUCUGCUUCAAGGAGAAGGUGGCUACUACCUGACAAGUGCCUAUGGAGCCAUGUCCCUCAUCAAGAACUUCCAGGAGGAGCAGGCAGCCAGAGUACUGAGCUCCGAGGCCAGGAACACUCUGCAUCAGUGGCACCGCCGGCGUACUACCCAGCGUUCAGUGCCGUCAGUGGACGACUUUCAGAACUAUCUCCGUGUGGCCCUGCAAGAAGUGGACACAGGCUGUACGGCCAAAACACUGAUCGUCCACUCUUACACCACCACAGAAGAAGUCUGCUCAGUCUGCGCUUACAAAUUCAAGAUUCCCGACCCUGAGAACUACGCACUGUUUCUGAUCACCGAGGACACCAGCCAGCAGCUCGCCCCGGACACACACCCUCAACGAAUCAAAGCCGAGCUCCACAGCCGGCCCCAAGCACAUAUCUUCCAUUUCGUCUACAGGAAGGUGCCUAACCUUAACCUUUGUAUCCCUGCCGUCAUCCACAAUGGAAACUGCCUUCAAGUCAAAUAGUGAGGGAGAAUGACAAAACUUGACACACUUGAUCUUAAACAGUAGUUGUGCCUCACAGUAUUCAUAUGGUGCUUGUAGAUGUUUGUUAUGUAGAAAGAUUUGAAUGGAAGCAGAAACCAGACCGAGACAUAUUUAGAUAGAUAAUAUCUCUGAUCAACUGUAAUGUUGUGUAAAUAAUAAGAAUGUUUAUUUUUUAUGAGGUAGCGUAAAGUUGUAGGAUGGACUCUGGAAAGUGCUGUUUCGGUGAAGAUAUGGGUCAUAAGUGUAAGUGAUGAUGACGGUCAUUCAGUUUGUUACAAGUUUUGUUCAAGUUUCAAAACUUCAACCAUUUAGAAUGUAUGUCUAUGUCCCAUAUCUACUGUGGUUAGGCCGUAUGGCGAGGGGAAUGGUUGGAUUAUGUACUAUGUAGAGGCUGAUUUGCAGGAGUUUUGGUAUGUGAAGUCUUAAAUGGCGGGCAAAAGUUCUUCAGAUAGUUGGACAUGUAUACAUCCUCAAAGCAGAGGUCAUACAGUGUAAUAUUGCAUUUUAUGUAACUAAUGUUUGCCUUAACUGCUGUUACCCCAGGUGCCUUCAAAAGGAAUUCAACAUACUGUAUGCUACUGAAAGCUUUCAGCUGUCAUCCAGUGAUUAGUCAGCUUUGAUCAAAAUGACCCAGAUAAAAAAAUAUCAUAUGAAAACACAAAUUUAAUGAGUAAAAUUAACUAUUGUAAAAAUGAUGAUUGUUUUUUUAAUUAUGUAUUUUACUGCAAUUGCUGGUCAAUUGUAGCUUGUAUUUCUGUGUAGAAAUAUUUUUAUAUUCAAAUGUUUCUUUUUUUUCUCUAAAGUGACAAAGAUGUGUAUUCUGAAUUAAUAUUUCUGUAUUGGACUUAGAUUUAUGCCAGUUUUUUUAUUCUCAAAAGUCAUUUAAUGACAACACUGUUUCUAUUGUUUGUUAUGGAACGCUCAAAGCUGACAGUGGAUAUAUAUAAAUAUCACUCCAAACGAGGCUACUUGCUGACUCCAACAAAAUGUUAUCUUUCAGGAAAUUGUGCUACUUUACUUUCAACAGAGGAAUUUUAUUAUUGCACAAUAUUACCCCAACAGCAAAGAAACAAUGGGAGACUUUACUGGAUUCAUAAUGUGUCCUCAUAUGAGAACCUAUAAAAUGCACUAUUAUCCACACAUUUGUGUACAAUACAAAUUAAACUGGUUUGCAAAUAUAUGAACUGAUUUUUAAGAACCUGCUGCAGAGGUCUAAAUUUAAGGUGGUAUGGUAGGGAAUAUUUGUUGAGCUUGUUUGUUGCUUUGAAAUACAAAAUCCAAUAAA